AGAUAAUUGCCAUCUUGCACUCCUUUUGCUCCAAAUUUCCCAUAAAGGAAUGAAUAAGGAGAGCAGCAUGAAGAGGGCUUCUGCCCUGCAAGGUGACAAGAAGGGCUGGAGCAUGUUCCUAGCACAAGACCAUUUGCUUGAAUUGAAUCAUUGUAACCUAAUCAAUGGGCUUAUUGGAUUACUGCCAUUGCUGCUCCCAAAUAUAUUGUUGCAGCGACAAUGAAAUAAUAACCAGGGCGACAGUUUUUGAUUUUUUUUUUUUUAAAAACAUUUUUUUAUUUAGCAGAACUUUUAGUUGAGAUUUUCUGUGCUGUCGGUUCCUUGCAUGUGUGUGUGUGUCCAUAUAUAUAUAUAUAUAUGAAACAAAGGCUUCCUUUAAAUUAACAGAUCCUGAAGGCUGCUAAAGAGUGCUGCUGUGAAGGUACAGCUGUACAAAUGGCUAAACCAGCUAAGGGAGAAAAAAAGAAGUGUAAUAUGGCUGAUGCCAGUGGAGCGGCUUUUUAAAUAAAAGGAGGCUGUGAAACCUGCUGAAGGGAUUUCUAUAAAGGAAGGUUUUUUUUUUCUGGGGAGGAGGGGGGGCUUUCCUGGAGAGGAUAGCAAGCCAGAGAGCAGGUCGGCACUGGAGCUCUGAACGGGGACAGACUUAAGGCGAUUAAAGUUUGUUAAACAGAAACAGCUAACUCUGGCUGAGUUGAGUAUGGCUGGUUAUGUGCUCGGGAUUCCAAGAUGAAGCACCACCGAAGUUUUCUGCUAGUCUGUGAUUGUGUGUUACAGGCGGGCCAACGAGACCAAUCAUUUCACUUUAUUCCCCGGCUGAAUUCUGCUUGACUGGGAGGACGGAGCACAGCAAACCAUCCAUUAAGAGCUGAUAUCUUAUCCAAAACAAUUUAAUGUAUUCAUGAGGCAACGUAAAUGUGGAGACUGCAAAAUUACCGUAAUCAAUUGGAACAGCAAGUGUGCGCCCAUCUGUGUGUCUGAUUGUUUGGAGAUCAUCUAACAACUCUAUGUGUAUGUAUUAAGACAGGGGUAUUAAAUCGCUGUGGAGUUACACUGGGAAGUCCAUGAUCAUUGGGUAAAUCAGGCUGGACAGCCAUCACAGGACAGCCAAACAGAUGAAGCAAAUAUCUCCCCUCGCAUUAGGAAGUCAUUCUCAUAUUUAAAAGGACCUUUAAAAAAUCCAUCAUCUGGACAAUAUUGCGUGCAAUAAUCCCAAAUAUAUAUAUAUAGCUGUCUCUUCACUCGAUUAUUUUUUUUUUUUGGAGCUACACGUCUAAGAGUCUAUAGCUAGCAUGGAUGUCGGAUACAAUCAGGAAGGAGAGACAAGUAUUGUCUUAAAGAACGGACUUAAGGACGGGAAUGAGAGCAAGGAAUCCCAAGGAAAUCUUUCUAAAUCCUUCCUGAAGGAGCAGCAGGAGGCUUUCUCGGCUUCUGGGUCUUCGGAAAACUGUGAAAAAAAUAAAGCUAACUCGGCAGACCCAGACUACUGCAGGAGAAUACUAGUUAGAGAUGCCAAAGGGUCAAUCAGAGAGAUUGUUCUGCCAAAGGGUUUGGACUUGGACCGACCCAAGCGCACCAGAACCUCCUUCACAGCGGAGCAGUUAUACAGACUUGAGAUGGAGUUCCAGCGAUGUCAAUAUGUGGUGGGGAGAGAGCGCACUGAGCUGGCCAGGCAGCUCAAUCUGUCUGAAACGCAGGUAAAGGUUUGGUUUCAGAACAGGCGAACCAAGCAGAAGAAGGACCAAGGCAAGGACUCUGAGCUGAGAUCGGUGGUUUCAGAAACGGCCGCUACCUGCAGCGUUUUGAGGUUGCUGGAACAGGGUCGCUUGUUGCCUCCCCCAGGGAUGCCUGGACUUCACCCCCACUGCACCAGCACUGCCCUGGGAUCGGCGCUGAGAGGUCCCUCCAUCAACAAUAACGGCACCCACACCACUGCCUCAGGGACCGCAGGGAGCUCGCCACUGCCGGCAGUGACCACCUCGGGGGCUCCUCCGGGACUGCCCAACUCCCCACCUGGCCAUGGGCUCUUCAACUUCCCCAUGCCCUCCCUCCUGGGCUCCGUGGCCAGCCGGCUCACCUCAAACCCCUUGUCCAUGGCCGGGUCCCUGGCAGGGAACUUGCAAGAACUGUCAGCCAGAUACCUGAGCUCUUCCGCCUUUGAGCCCUACUCCAGGACCAACAGUAAGGAAGCGCUGGACAAAAAAGUGCUGGACUGAUCCCCUCUCCUUCUCUCUGUUUGUUAUUGUCGAUUCCUUCAAGGGAUCACUAAAAUAUUGCUUUUCCACACCACAAAGGGAUUAUUCAGACGUUUUAAUAUUUUCAGAUGGUAGAUUGUAUACCGGAUGUGUCCUCACAAAAAAUAAAAAAAAUAAAUUUCCUUUUGAAGAAAUGCUGGAUAAUGAUUGCCAGGCUUGUUAACUAAACAUGUGGUAUCCUUUUGUUGAAAUAACUAAAUGCAUUACCUAUCAAUUUGUUACCGCAAAGAGCAUUGAAGCUACAGCCGUAUUGAAAAAAAAAUUCUCAAGUAUGUCUGCUUGGAAAAUAAUAAUGGUGAGGUGAAAGGUGCUGUCGUGAACGCCAUUGAAAAUAUUAAAGUCCUUGAAUAAGCCUGCAAGUAAAGGGCACUAUCGCCCUACUCUAUCGACUGACUUCUCAAAUUAGUUCUAAACCUAAGAGACCUGAUUCAGCCCUGCGAAAAUAAUUCUCAAUACCAUGCAAUUAAUUAAAACUUUUCCCCAGACGUAAAUUACACUGACACUCGAAAUAAUCACUAAUGCUAGAACAGCAGGAUACUGUUAACACAAGCAGGUUUUACUUCUAAUGGCGAACAUAUUUGGGAUGUAAAAAAAGCAAAAUAAGUUUCUAUUAUCAAAAAUCAGAUGAAUAUCAUCAUAGGUUAAAACCUGGUUGUAUCCAGGAUUUGUGAAUGUCCCCCCACAACAUAACAUUAACCCAUUCUAACGAUAUAUAUUACAUGGUAUCUAUGAAGAACGUAGUAUUACAUUUUCUUGUCUAAGGUUGUUAAUUUAGAAUAGUUGUCUUAACGAUUAAAAGUAGUUGUAGUAUUUAAAAAAAUCCCUUAAUACUUAAUACUUUAAAGCUCAUGGAUAGGGCUCAAAGCAACAUCAACUAAAAAAAUGCUGUAUGAGUUCUAUUGUAAUGGAAAUAUCAGUAGCAAAUUGUGUUGAAUAAGCUGCUACUAUUUAGUUUUACAACUUAAACUAACUUCGUACAAACUUAUAGUUAGUUAACACAAGCCCACCCUCAUUUCCACUAAAUGCAAAAUGAAACAAUGUGUAAUUUGUUCAGCUGUGCCAUCAUUCUUGGGUCCUACAAACAGCAGAAUGGCUGUGGUAAAUUAAACUUAUUGUAGUAUAAAAAGUUGUAACAAACAAACAAAAAAAAAACUGUUAUUUUAUUGUAAAUUAUUCACGUCUGUAAUUAAUAGAUUAAUAGUAUAUUGGGAACAAAUAAUGGAUGAAUGUAAAAAGUGAUUCGUAAAUCAAAUGAAGAUCUUGAUCAUGUCUGUGAUGCAUAUCUUGAAAAUUGUGAUUCUGUGGUACGAGUGUGAAUAUAUAUAUAUUAUAUAUGACUAAAAUGAUGUGUUUUUUCAUUCUUGUUUUACACCAAGCACAGUCAGAAACAAUGGAAGACGGAUACACGGACUUAAUUUUAAUUAAGGGGGCACUAUCUCUAAAAUAAAACAAUUGGGAGAGUUAUUUUGCAAUUUUAGCAGACAUUGCAGUUACCAUUAUAUUUUAAAUUGAGACUUCUUUUAAGCCAUAUAAGGAUAAAGCAGCUUGAUAACUGAAUGUGCAUCUCAGAGAGUGGAGGUGCGCAUGGUAAAACCACAGGGGCAAACUGUCCUGGGCACACUGUUGUUUUUUUACUUGAAUGUGACAAAUAAAUUGCCUGAACAUCGUCCUUUUAAGACAUUGUUAUUCAAUAAUACAAAUUAAUAAAUACAUGAAUAAAACAUUCCUUAAACAGGAUAGCUAAAUGUUCACUAUUUAAAAUUAUACACGGCAAAUCAAAUUGCCACUUUGAGCUGUUUAUACCACUGAACACAUUUCUUAUUCAACUGAUGAAUGUCAUUGCCACUGUUAAUGUAAAAUAUAUACUUUUUAAAAAAUAUAUAUCUUACAAGUUACAUUAUAUGUCUACUCAUCACUCAAAUACAUUCAAAAUGCUGAAUAUGUAAUUCCAGUAUUUUGGGUUUUGAAGAAGUGUUACAAUAAAACAUGUUAUGAAUAAUAUGUCGUUUUUCAAAGCUAUUGGUUUUCAGAGAGAAAAACAAGCAAUUGACUGAUUAAAUUCAGUUUUCUAACUAAUCCACAGUUUUCAUUGCCAAAUCCACAGUUCUCUGUCACGAAGUUAUUUGUUGAAUUGGAAAAUCGAUCAAUUAAAAGAUCAAAGGGAGACGCCAUAGUAAUGUCUUAACAGAAAAUAACAGGGCUGUCCAUUUAGAAUGUAUUGUGGUACACCAUGAUGAAAGCAUAGCAAAGUGAUGUAAUGGAAGCAGAGUGAGUGUGGAACAGUACAGACCAGCUUGCUAAAACAGUAUGGUAAAGUAUAGUAAAAUACAUCUGAAUUAAUGAUGUUAAAUCCAAUGUACAGACAAUUCAUGACUGUAAAUUGACUGUAAAUUCAUCACAGUAUACUUUUAUAAGGAUGUACUCACUGACGUUACUUUGCAAAUCCACAUUCGGGUGAGUUAUCUAAUGAAGAAAGGAAGCACUAACUCUGGGGAUAGGUGCUAUUGGUAAAUAGUGUUGGUUUACAAUAAUAAGGAGCAUGUUUAACCUUAAAUAAUAAAGAGCAUGUUUUUAUGCUGCGGUUUCCUUAAUAAAUCAGUUUUUCUAUAAGGUACGCAAUAUGUAGCUUGCUCUGUACAAAAGCUUAAAGUCUUAUAAUCAUUUCCUCUCCCAAUCUGUUUUUUAGGAGUUAGGUGCUACUUCCCCUAGUCUUCCUGUUGCAGUAUCAUCUUUUCCUUGAUCUUUGCUCGGUCAGUGUAACUAUUUGAAUAAUUUCGUAAAGUUACUAUGGAUGAUAUUGGUAAAG